AAAAAGAAAACCACCCAACCACUCAUCCAUCCACAACAAAGGCAUCUCUCUUUAACAACCACUAUCUUGCCAUUCUUCUUCCUGACUCUUUCUCUGUGUCUCUCUUUAUACAUAUAUAGAUGGAUUCUGUAAUAAUCAUUAUCAUAUUUCUUUUAUGAAACUUCCAUCGAAACCCUGAACUGACUCAAAAACAAGUUUAUGGUGGUUGUUCAUUAUUUAUAGGGAUUUGUAUUUAUACAUUCAGACCACAUUGUUGUUGUUAGUCUGACAUUGUGGGUCAGAAUUGGGUUCUUUCUUCAUACAUGGGUUUGUUCUUAGCUUAGCAGACAAGUAGUUAAAAACAUCUUCAUCAACUUUUUCAGUCUUGUUCAUAUAUUGCAUUGAUCAUAUUGUGUGAUCUAUAUAACAAGAAUUCCUUUUAUACAACCAUGAACAAAGAUAAUAUGAUCAGAAUGAAGACUAAGGCUGCCGGAAUUUCUUCGCCUGUAAAAUCCGCCGGUGCCGGUGGUGGUUCUGAGGCGUGGGAGGUUAGGCCUGGAGGAAUGUUAGUACAAAGGAGAAGUUCAGAUUAUACUCAGAAUUCCAUUCAUGUUCCCUACAUCAGAGUCAAAGUGAAAUAUGGCAGAUCUUAUCAUGAAGUCAACAUUAAUUCUCAAGCAAGUUUUGGUGAAUUGAAGAAAAUGCUAGCCGAGCCGAUGGGACUAUCUUCACAGGAUCAGAAAUUGAUAUACAAGGACAAAGAGAGAGAUUCAAAAACUUUUCUUGAUGUUGCUGGAGUGAAAGAUGGAUCAAAGAUUAUGCUAAUCGACGACGAAUUGAGUAAAGAGAGAGGAAAUCUUGAAUUGAUAAAAACUGCGAAAAUGGAGAAGGCAUCAAAAGAAAUUGCAGCAAUUAGAUCUGAAGUUGACAAACUCGCAAAACAGGUGGCAUUGACUGAAUUGGAGAUAAAUUGUGGAAAGAAAGUUGUGGAGACAGUUUUAUUGAAUUUGAUUGAAUUGUUAAUGACACAACUGAUUAAAUUGGAUGGAAUUUCUGCAGAAGGAGAUAUGAAAAUCCAGAGAAGAAUGCAGGUGAAAAGGGUGCAGAAAUACAUUGAAACUCUUGAUAUCCUUAAGAUAAGAAAUUCUUCCCUUGGCAGUAUGGGAAAUGAGAGGAAUCCAGGGCCAGUUGUGGUAACAACAAAAUGGGAGACAUUCUGAUCCUUAAAUUGGACUCGUUCGAGUAAAGAUGCGACAAAAUCUCGUGCGUGAUAAGUUAGAUUGGACGAUACUGAAUAGUGUAAAGAAAUAAAAACACUAAAGGUUUGUUUAUUGUAUAUCAAGUUCCUAUCUAAUAUUGCAUAAUGCACGCACUAGAUUGGUAGAAAAUAUGCACAUAUAUUUUAAUUUUUUCUUGUUGAAUAUAUAUUGUAUUGGGUUUAUUUUUAAUGGUUU